UUGAUUGCAUUUACCAAACAAACAGAAAAUGUGGGAAUUGUUAAUAGGAUUAGCAUUACUGACAAUUGUUUUCCUAGCACUGACCGUAUGGCUACUGUCCCGACUGGACUGUGAUCUACAACUGGUCAUCUACUCUAAGUUUGGUCACUCGUUGCACGAUUUGCGCGGUAAGGUUUGCUGGAUUACCGGUGCCAGCAGUGGUAUUGGCGAAGCAUUGGCUUAUGUCUUAGCCACCAAUGGUGUCAAACUGGUACUAUCGGGUACUAACCGGCAGCGACUCGACGAAGUCAAGUCUCGGUGCCAGACUUUUGGACAGUUAGAUCCAGACGACAUACUAGUCCUCGACUUUGAUAUUACCAAUUUUGAUGUACACAAUCAUCAGCUCCAGGAGGUGUUGGUUCACCAUAAAAAACUUGAUAUACUGGUUCUAAAUGCUGGACGUACUCAACGAUCUGAUUUUGCAGACAUUGAUAUGGAUGUCGAUAAAGCCAUGUUUGAUUGUAACGUGUUUGGACACGUGUCGAUCGCACGUGUUGUCUUAAGAUAUUUUAUUGCCAACAAUAUUACUGGCGCCCAGUUUGUGGUAACCUCCAGUGCUGCGGCAAAAUUAGGUGCUCCCAACUCGGCUUCAUAUACAGCAUCUAAAUAUGCAUUACAUGGUUAUUUUGAUUGCCUCCGCAAUGAAGUUCACAGUCGAGGAAUAGGCGUAACAAUUGCCUGUCCGGGACCCGUACAGUCACGUAUACAAGAAAAUAUGUAUACCAAUAGGUUGGGUAUCACUGUUAACCGUAUGGCAGACAACAGCAGUAGUAGUGACCGUAUGGAAACCUCCCGGUGCGCGUAUCUUAUGGCCAUUGCUGCUGUCAAUCGUUUAGCGGAAGUCUGGAUCUGUGACCAGCCGUUACUAUCGCUUUACUAUCUUAACCAGUAUAUGCCGGCACUGGCAGUAAGGAUAUUGCCCCGAUUGAUGUCCAAAAAACGAGUGGACAGAUACCGGGAGGGCACCACUGGCCAUCAUUCUGAAAAAUAAUCUUAAUUUUAACAUUUGUAUCU